GGCUGUGCUGUAGAGAGUCUGCUCGGAGACCUUCUGUGAGUUCCUGUCCGUCUGACUGACCUGUAAUAUGGGGGCCCAGCUAAGUACGGUGUCCAGGAUCCUCACCUCCCCGUUUUGGUUUAUCUUCAGCAUUUUCCAGAGAUUCUUCGGGAAGCCGCGUCCUGCCAUCACCUUAGAGAGCCCCGAUAUCAAAUAUGCGCUGAGGCUGAUCGAUAGAGAGGAGAUCAGCCAUGACACCAGGAGGUUCCGGUUUGCUCUCCCCUCCCCCGAGCAUGUCCUCGGCCUCCCCAUUGGGCAGCAUAUUUACCUCUCGGCGAGAGUGGACGGCAAUCUGGUGGUCAGACCCUACACCCCAGUUUCCAGCGAUGAUAAUAAAGGUUAUGUUGACCUUGUUGUGAAGAUCUACUUUAAAAACGUCCACCCCAAAUUCCCAGAAGGUGGAAAAAUGUCCCAGUAUCUGGACUCCCUGAGGAAAGACGAAACCAUUGAUUUCCGAGGACCAAGCGGCCUUCUCGUGUACAGUGGCAAAGGGACCUUCCAGAUCCGCCCAGACAAGAAGUCCCCCCCGGUCCCCAAAAAAGCAAAUCACCUGGGAAUGAUCGCUGGUGGGACAGGGAUCACCCCAAUGCUGCAGCUCAUUCGAGCCAUCCUAAAGGACAAGGAGGAUAAAACCAUCUGCUACUUGCUCUUUGCCAACCAGACGGAGAAAGACAUCCUGCUCCGCUCAGAACUGGAGGAGAUCCGCGCCAACCACCCGUCCCGCUUCAAACUGUGGUACACGCUAGACAGAGCCCCUGAAGAUUGGGACUACAGCCAGGGCUUUGUCAAUGAAGACAUGAUCAGCUCCUUUAUGCCUCCCCCCGGGGACGAUGUCCUGAUCCUGAUGUGCGGCCCCCCUCCCAUGGUCCAAUAUGCAAUCAACCCCAGCCUGGACAAGCUGUCGUACCCCCAGGACAGGAGAUUCGCCUACUAGAGGCCCGCCCCCUCCCGCAAGUCCCGCCCUUCGCUUUUAUCGGCACUUCAUAGGAAAGGGGCGACGGUGGAGCGGCCGGGAGUCUUUUUUUUUUUUUUUUUUUUUUUUGUUCAAUGAUUUGGUUUAACUUGCCCUUAGCUGGGAUGGGAAUUCGUCGUCACACAAAAUAACUUCUACAGAUGGAGCCAACCUUGUUGAGGCACCUUAUACACCUGCCUAUAAAUAUCCUAUGGGGUGUGUGUGAAAGAUGCAUCAACAAGGUUACCUCCACCUGUAAGCCCCGCCCCCUGCAGCAGACAAGUGCUACGUUCCCUAAUAUAGAGUAAUGUCAGCCUUUCUAACUGUCAGACGGACGUUACUCUUUUAUAAUCGUCAUCGCGAGGAGCUGAGCACAUGCAGCAUCCUGAUUGGCAGAUCCUUCAUCGUAGAUCGCAAUAGAAUCGGCCAAUGCAUUUGUGACCACUAGGGGGUGCUCUUACACGAGAGGCAUCUUUUCACUGAGCUGACAUUUAUUGCCUGAAACUGACAGUUGUGCUGCGAUUAUGGGAAGAGUUGUUUGGCUUGUACGACACUAAAGCUGCCAGGUAAUGCUUGAGAGUUAUUAUUAUUAUUAUUUUUAUUAUUAUUAAUAAUAAGGCUUUCCCUAGCCAUAUAAAGGCUGUAAACUCUAUCCCUGAAGUUGGUCAGACUCACUUUCUGUUUUAAGCUGCACUUAUUGCUCAUAUUCCUUGUUGCUUCGAACUGCCUAGCGUCCGGGGGUACUGGCAGGGGUCCCCUUAACUUCUAUUGUAGGGAAAUACGUUUGUAAGUCACCGGGGAAUACAGUCUGGGCUGCUGCUGCCCCUUUAAGGUCUAAGUGAGCCUGCCCAGCUUGGUAGAUAGAACUCAAUGCUAUUUGUGUGUUUUGCAGUUUGCUUUAAAAACAUGAAUAUUUUUGUUGAGAUUUAAGGGUUUUUUUUGGCGGCUGUACCGUAACCCAUGCCGUUGGCAAAUGUAAAGCGCUAGCUCUGCUGCCGAGUUUGUAUAUAAGGCGAGUUGGUCACUUUAAGUGCAGAGAUUUGUGUGUUAAAGAGACUCUUGUACUCUCUGUAGUGCAGUCAUUGUAUUGGUUGAACGCAUGCUCCGCCCACAGGAGAAGACUGUACCUUGUGCACCCCCUAGUAUUGAUUGGGGAAGUAAUGUGGGUCUGUCCAUAUGUAUGAAAAGAAAACGUCAGAGAGGGGGCGGUGCAGGCAGGUCAUGGAUUCUGUAUGAUAUAUAUGUCAGUUUAGCUACUCAUAACCUGCUUAUUUGUGUGUACAGCAUGCCCCGCCCCUGAGGAGCUGACUUGCAGUCCCUGCCCCUGAGGGAUCACCCAGUAAUUCAGUUCAUUGGUUUUUCCCCUAGAAAUCCUGGAGAGGAUCUUCUAAAGCCACUAUUUCCAGCCAGUUACCCUAGGCCAGGGGUGAACAUUUCUGCCCCCCAACAGUGUGUUUUAGGGAGAUCCCUUUACUGGUAAUUGGGGUACGGUCAUUCAGACAGAUGCACCUGUGCCCCAAAAAUGAACCCACCAGUGAUAGGAAGGAAGACCUCUAUAACCCACACACCCUGCUUUUGGGGGUCCUGUGGCCCUAAGAUUUGUUUUGGGGGGAGUCACCAACACUGAAGUAUAUUUGCACUAAAUUUAAAUGAUUUAAGGACGGACUUUAAAUUGAAACGUUGGAUUGUAAGCUCCUCUGGGGCAGGGACUGAGGGGAAGGAGUAACACGUAGGUGCUGUGUGAGUGAAGGAGAAUCAGUUUGGGUGCAAUUAAUAACAGGCGCCAUCGUAGAAGAAGUUUAAACCUCCAUUUGGGGCCACUGAUUCUUUGUUAGGGCCCCCUGACACUUAUCCGAAUGUGGGUGCAAGAGACUCCCCCCCCCCGUCCGAUGUAUGUGCAACGUGUAUUUGACCACGCCGGGCCCUAGGGAGAGUGAGUUCUGUAUUUGCCUUCCGGGGGAUGCCAAGUGCCUUUUGUAUAUCAGCCGAAAUCUUAUCUUGUAUUGUGCUUGUGCCCUGCGCCCCACCCACCCGACACAGAGGGGCGUGUCAUAUUUACCAAAGAGUAACCUGAGUGUAACCAUUACAUAUUAAAUAUGAAUUUGCUUUUGGC